UGCGUCUUUCCAUCAAUUCCACCAUUUCUGCCAUGCCAAUUGCCAUAAUCCAUUCUUCCGGUUUUCGUCGCUCUUUCAGACGAACAAGAUGGCAGAUCAGAGCGAACGCGCGUUCCAGAAACAGCCCACGAUCUUUCUUAACCGUAAGAAAGGUCUGGGUCCGAAGCGCAGGAAGCCUAUGAGAUACAGCCGCAAUGUCGGACUCGGUUUCAAAACUCCUCGCGAAGCUCUUGAGGGCACCUAUAUUGAUAAGAAAUGUCCGUUUACGGGCAAUGUAUCAAUUAGAGGCCGGAUUCUUACCGGUGUUGUACAAAAGAUGAAAAUGCAACGCACUAUUGUUAUUCGCAGAGACUACUUACAUUACAUUAGGAAGUACAAUCGGUUCGAGAAGCGACAUCGCAAUAUGAGUGUCCAUCUCAGUCCGUGUUUUAGAGAUGUAGAAAUUGGUGAUGUAGUCACCAUUGGAGAAUGCAGACCUUUAAGCAAGACAGUAAGAUUUAAUGUAUUGAAGGUAUCGAAAGGAACAGGAUCAAAGAAAAGCUUCAAGAAGUUCUAAACAUCUAUCUUACAGCAAUUUUGUUUGUAAAUAUUCAUUUGUAAUUUAUAUCACUAUAACUGUUUAGGUCAUUUGUAUCCUGCACAUUUCAUUUUAUAUACAAUUAUUGUAUAUAAUUUAUGUAUAAUUUAUUAAAUAUACAAUUUUCUGAAGAUGUCAAAAUAUACGUAAGAAUUGCUUAAUAAUUUUUAUAUACUCAUAAAAGUGAUGGAAUUAAUCCGAGACGCGAAAGAUCCAUUGUGUGUAAUAAGGGUGCCAAAAACUAAAGUGUGUACUGAGGGUUAAUAUAAUCUUUUAAAGCAAAAA